GCGGCUACUUCAGUAAGAAUCGUCAGUUCGCCGCGUGGUGGUCGUUUUUAUUCCCUUUAGUGCGUGUUAAACUCAUACUCUCUUAUUUUCGCGUAUAUUUUACUCACAUUGAACGCGUGUGCUUGUUAUUUCGUGCUGUUUUUUCGCUUUUUUAUUUUAUUAAAAUUUGCAAAUUUAUUGUUCGUACUUCGUAAACGUUCGCCAUUUUAGUGCUACUUGAUUUCAACGUGCGUGCAAAUCAGUUUCAUUGCUUUUGAUUGCGGAUUGCGCGUGGUUUUUUUUUCAUUUUUCGCCUUAUAUUUGUUAUACAUACAUACGAGAGUUUCAGUUCGGUGCGGGUUUUUUUGUUUUCGGUUGCAUUUGCAUAUUAUUAUAUAUUAUCUGUAAACUGUGUAUGAAGCUGAAUUCCGUAUUGGUCGAAUAAAUCGCAUGAUCCUAAACGAAAAUAAUGAGAUGCAGAUAUAAAUGAGAUGGCCCGAGCAGGCAUGACAAGAUGGCGAUCGAGGAACUGCGCUCCCGUCACAGAUGGGUGCGAUGAAGUGCAAAGAUCGUUGGAUUUAUUGGAUCGCGUGCUAUCCGAAUUUGACGAUUUUGAAGGCCCCGACAACAGUGGUGCAGAUCGUUCGCAAACCAGCGGUGUGGAAGAAGAAGUUACCUCGUUGAAAAGUUGCAGUACGCCGGAAGACGAAAGUCCUUCUGGUUUUGGAGGCCAUCAAUCCGAAGACGACGGUUAUAUGAGUAUGAAUGGACGUAAAGCUAAAUUGAUGCUGACUGCUUCAUCGUCGAAAGAAUUCGUCGCCGAAACCAACGGCAACCAAAAUGUUACCACUCCCGGCACACCGCCACCAUUAUUUGCUCGUAAUGUAAACAAAUCGCGGAAUCAAAAAGUCGGCGAUUUCCCACCUCCGCCUGAGGAAGCUGAGAGGAUUAUUUCGACUUUGUUGCCCAGGGUAUCACCGUGUAGUUCAACGCAAAGAAAUCAAAAGCUCAAUAAUAGAGAUGUUCUUGAUUGUGUGGCUUUUUCAUUAGAAGAAAACGGUCGAUUGGAUCAGUACGGUAGACGUGUCACUACUGCCACGCAAACAACACUGCCAAAAACAAAACAUCAACGGCCUUACGGUUGGCAAAAAGAAACCGCCAAUCAGAUACCCUAUCACAAUGCACCCGCCACCGCUGCUGCGAUUAACGGAGUAUCAAAUACAAAAACGUGUUCAAAAUACGGUAGCUUACCAUACGACGGAGCUUUUUACCACGACAGCUAUCCGCCGCCUUGGCUGCAACGUUACGGUGGCGGCCAAGUACCUCCGCGAACCGUGCCCACAGUUUUAGACCGACAUCGAGAAGUUCGAAGAUGUACCGUUGAUAGCGACGAAUCUGUGCUGAACACGGUACAGGAAACAGUCGACGAAGAUCCGGCCAACUUUUCGGACGACUCGCUGGAAGAUGUACCGCCACCGCCGCCGUCUCCGCCUUCUGCAUCUUCUUUACAGCCGCAAAACAAAAGAGGCAGCAUAGCUUGGGAAGUUUCCUUAGAAUCGGAUAACGACGCUGCUGUGCUCAUACCUGGUAGUACGAAAGUUGUCGGCAAAAGGCAUAGGAAAUCCAUCGAUCAUUCUAGCACGGGUUCGUUGAACGCACUAAACAUAUACGAUGAUUGGCCAGAGCCGCCGAAUGGCACCGACGAUUCGUUAAAUUGCUUAACAUCGGAUACGGAUUUGGAUAGUGUGACCAAUGAAACCUUUUUAACGCCCGCGGACGUAUCGAAGAAAUCAAAUUUCAACGGAGGAACUUACGUUAUUAGAAGGGGAAACCGAAGAGAUCGUAUUCAAUUAAGCGAAAUGAAAACACCGACCGAAAAACACCCGUCGAAUACUCCUUCGUCUUACAUGAACGGAGAAACUGAUCUCAAAAGAUGCAGUUCAACUUUCGACAAUAUCAAAACUUUACUAAAAGAAGGCCUAGUUGAAGGAUUAGACGAUUCACCUCCUGAUUUCCAUCCUCCCCGACCGCCGGUAUUAGGCCGAGGAGUUUCAUUACCGAAUAUCCUAAACGACAGUAUUUACGAAGACGAGACUAAAACCAGUUUCAUAACGAAAGACGCCAACGAAUCAAUAAGCUCGAUGGAACAGCUGCUGGAAAAUUCCGCUAAUACGCGUAAAACCACGACAGUCUCCACGGGUACCAAUUCGAUCGCCGUCGGUGUCGCAGAAUCGACUGAUAAUCUGGUCGAGAAAAGCGUCUGCACCGAAGACACCAGCGGCGUUGAUAAUUACGUCGAAAAACAAAGUGUUGCUGUUCAAGUAUCCGCCGACUUCAGCCAGUUAAAUAAAGAAAUCGCCGAACAAAGUAUUAGUUGCCAAACGGAUAACGAAGAAUUGAACUAUUGCGUUCAUAAAGCGGUCAAUACGGCUGAAAAUAUCACAUCGACGAGUACGUUUAAACGCGAAAAGAAACCAGCUCCUAAGAACGAAUACCAUCAGACGAACGGUUCGUUAGAAGAGAAAGAAAGCAAAAUAGAUUCGUCCAUCGAGGAUUUACUAAAUUACGAAAAAAUCGAUAAAAAAAGAGAAUUAAAAUUAGAAAUAGCUAAACAAGAAACGAUACGCGAUAGUUGGAAUUCGAUCAGCGCUAUACCAGAAGUACACAAAGUUAGAGUUAACGAAAAUACGAGUAGGCCUAGUAAAAAUUUAUGCAAUGGGAUAUCGGAAAAACCGUGCGGUGAUUUUAGAGUUAACGUUGAAAUUCUGCCGCAUGAAUUCGGUCCUUUGCCGCCUUCGCCUGUAGAGGAGGUGGAAGACGAGUACUCGGAUAUAUUGCAAUCUGUGCCAGUGAAUAGGAAAUCCGAUAGUUUGAAUAACGAUUCGGUGUAUCGACGAAGUAGCAGGGCCAGCGUAUCCGGCUCUAUUAGAAGUAAUAGAGCGCCUGAGAUUCCGCCGCAUAGAGAACAAACGUCUAGCCUAAAAACCAGAUCCGUCGAUGCUGGGUUUACCAGAAAUCAUAGGACGCAAUUUUUAGGAUCUCGAAAAGAAGUUCCUGUCGAGCGUAGAACUUUGCCUACUGAUCUACCUGGAACUUCUUAUCGUCGACCAUUCCAGAAACGUGGUUCUCAAUCGCCGAAAGAUGAAAAUGCUCACGUUUCUUGUUCGUUACCAGAAACCCCUAUUUUUGCCAGGGGUUGCGACAUUCCGAGAACUCCUCUUCGUAGUACUACUGAUAAAGCUAAUACGUCGAGACCAGCAUCGCGUCUGAAUGGAAUACAAACUUCCGGACAUGGCCGAAACGUUGGAGCAGGCCACGGAACGUGUCUGGGAGAUGCGAUGGCUGGUGCUGAAUUAUUAAGAUUAACCGGACCAGGUAGAGGUUGGUAUCCGAGACACAGACAACCAAGACCUGCGUCCGUCGAGCAUUUAGAUAGAUUAACGCCUCAAGGCCUAAGUCCAAGUGCACCAACGACCGGUGCAUGGGACACUCGAGAUGCGCGAAAACCAUUAACCCUACCGCCGAAUUUAUCGCCGAAAUUUUUUCAACGUUCUCCUCGAGAAGCGUUGCGUAGAGUUACCAGUCUUCUAAUACGAAAAGGAGGAAAUUCAAAGGACACAAAAGCAAAAGAUGUAUUGGCAUCGUCUGUAAUAGGACCUCAUGGUGAUUUCGGCGAAACAUCCCGUCAGCAGAAACGCGGCUUCUUUAGAAGUUUUUGGAAAAGAUCGAGGCAUUAUUCGUUAGAUCAGCAAUAGCGGAAGGCUGCCGCUUCUCCUGCGAACACAGGUUGGAGUUCGUGUUUCGUAAUCUGCCGAAGGCGCAGACAACAGCCGGAGAAGCGCGUUAGUUUUAUUACUUGCGAAUGAAAAAUUGGAACUUUUCUCUCCUCGAAUUUCUUGUAGAGUAUAUAACGCUUUUGAGCACACGCAUUCAUUUUUCCCCGAGUUAAAAAGCCCGAUUAGAGAACGUGUUUACACGAAGCGAACAAACAUUAUAAUGAGAUUGUGAUCGUUAUAAUAUACGCGAAAGGUACGCUGACGUGGCAGUUUUAUUUAAUCACCGAAUAUUUUAGGUCCUUUCCUUCUUCCCCCCCCCCUUCCUCGAUAAUGUCGUACCUGUUUGUUUUUCUUUCUUUCUUUUUUUUCUACUUUUACAAAACGAUAUUCAUUUAGCUUGGGCGUUUAUAAUCAAAAGAGAUUUUAAUUAAUUAAGUUAUUUCUUUCUGUAUUUUGUAGACUUUUUUUUGUCACGUUUUAAUUUCUCUCUGUUAAUCUUGAUUCGUCCUACGUUUCCUUUUCCUUUUCUUUUUUCUUUUUACUACCUAUUUUAACUAUUUAACUCGAUUUUAAUUUCUUUUUUAACGUUUUUUCUUUUAUUUUUGUAUUAUUUUUCGAUAUUUAUUUCUAUAGGUACUAGCGUAUUAUUUUAUAUCGAUUUAUAUUUUUCUAUUUAACAAUUUUACAAGAUUUUUUUUGUAUCAUCGAAGGGAGUUCAUUUUAAAUUUUACCGUUAUAAGUACAUAUUUUUUGAGCGUAAAAAAAUGCUUAGUUCGAACAAGUCCGCCCUUAUUACAGAACAGAAUCUAUAUUAGCUUGAAAUCAAUUUGCAAUAAUUCGGAAUAAUAUAAUAAUGUAACGAUUUGUUGGAAAUUUUGAUUGUUUUAUUGUAUUAACUUGUGAAUUAUUCGUGUUUUUGUUUUGUUUGUUUGUUCAUGUGCGACUAUAUUUUCAUUUACUUUUUUUUUCUUUUUUUUUUUUAAUUCUACGUAAAUUUGUAAUGAGAAUCGUGCAGGUUGGUCGUUGUUUGGACACGAUAUCUGUGAUUUUCCAUUAUUUACACGCGCGGAAAAAAGUUUAUUAAUUAUUGUAGGAAAAAGUAAGUCGGAACUAGUCACAAUUUUAGAUUGCCUAGAUUAAUUUUUAAUUUUACAUGAUACUUAAAUUCGCGGUAAAUGUUGAAAAUGUUGAUUAUUAGCGCUUUUGUAGAAAAUUAUUAAAUGUCGAGCGAAGUAAACUCUUUUGUCUUUAUUAACCUAAUCAUGUAAAAAGUACGGACUAAUGAGAUUAUAUACGUAGAGAUAUAAGCAGCUUCUGUAUGGGCUUGAAAUAUAUAAAAAUAUUUUAAUUUGUG